GGUUUUUUCCUGGGCCAAACUCUGAGACGAUCACCAUGGGGCCAGAGACUUCACAAGCACAGAAUUCUAGUUGCAAGAUUAUGACAUUUAGACCUACCUGGGAGGAGUUUCAGGACUUUGGAAAAUACAUGGCUUAUAUAGAGUCUCAGGGAGCACAUAGGGCUGGCUUAGCUAAGAUUAUCCCUCCAAAAGAGUGGCGACCGAGACGGACCUAUGAUGAUCUGGAUGAUAUGGUUAUUCCUGCUCCAAUUCAACAGGUUGUUACUGGCCAGUCUGGCCUUUUUACACAGUAUAACAUACAGAAGAAGCCCAUGACUGUGGGAGAAUAUCGCAAAUUAGCCAACUGUGACAAGUACUGUACCCCGCGGCACCAAGACUUUGAUGAUUUGGAACGCAAAUAUUGGAAGAAUUUAACUUUCAUGUCUCCCAUAUAUGGAGCAGAUAUCAGUGGCUCUCUCUAUGACAAUGAUGUCCAUUUGUGGAACAUUGCAAGCCUUAAUACUCUUCUAGAUAUGGUGGAGCAUGAGUGUGGCAUUAUUAUUGAAGGUGUUAAUACGCCUUACCUCUAUUUUGGGAUGUGGAAGACAACAUUUGCUUGGCAUACGGAGGACAUGGAUCUCUACAGCGUUAACUAUCUACACUUUGGUGAACCUAAAUCUUGGUAUGCAAUUCCUCCUGAACAUGGAAAAAGGUUAGAGCGCCUAGCAAAAGGUUUUUUUCCUGGCAGUUCUCAAGGGUGUGAUGCUUUUCUGAGACACAAAAUGACUCUAAUUUCUCCUUCCAUUUUGAAGAAAUAUGGAAUUCCUUUUGACCGGAUCACACAAGAAGCUGGUGAGUUUAUGAUAACAUUUCCAUAUGGAUAUCAUGCUGGAUUUAACCAUGGGUUCAACUGUGCAGAAUCCACAAAUUUUGCCACAUUACGCUGGAUUGACUAUGGCAAAAUGGCCACCCAGUGUACAUGUCGGAAAGACAUGGUCAAGAUUUCUAUGGAUGUGUUUGUGAAGUUCCUACAGCCAGAUCGCUAUGAAAUGUGGAAACAAGGAAAAGAUUUCACCACCCUAGAUCUUCUAAAACCAACUGAGUUAUCAAGUCCAGAGCUAGAAGCUUGGUUUAAGAGAAAAGCCCAAGGAAAAGCUGGUCGCAGGACAUAUAGGAAACGUUCCCAGCCCCGGAGACAGAAAAUACAAGAUCAAGAUCUGUUACGGGAGGUGCUUGGCCCAGAUACCAUUCCAGAAGAGAGAGGGGAUGAAAUCAAGACGUGCGGGGAGAACAGUGACAAUAAAAAGUGUUCUGAAGGCAGUGACUCCUCUUUGGACUUCUCAGAAGAAAGUGAAUUCAAGCCUAGGCAGCUUGUUCCAACACUCUAUGUUGUACCACGUACAAAGAAGAUUGUGUUUGAAAAGUCAAGGAUGUCAUGCCAGGAAGCUUUUGAACAUUUUGCAACAGAAAAAAAUAAGUGGGACACAGCAGAACAUGACCGAAAACAAGGACAAGCUUCUCUUGAUAAUCCGAAGAAUCUUGGAGUACCUAAG